CCCCUGCACACUGCCUGUUGUCUGUUGCCGUGGAGACGCAGACGCGGCAGAAUAGAAUAGAAGAAGCAGGAAGAUGGCUCAGGACGUGUCUGGGGCUAAAUUCACUUUUCAUCCCCUUGAGAACCGAACAUUUAACUUUUUGGAUAACAGAAGCAGCCGGGAGCUGCUGACCAAGUGGUCCAUGAACGGUAGAAUAUCAGCCCAAGCCUUCCGAUAUGACGAGUACUUCCAGCCCUAUCAGAAGAAUGACUUUGUUCUGGCCUUCUUCCAAGACCCCAAUGUGACUUCCUAUCUGAAAUUACUGUCCGGCUCCUCAUUACAAUGGACUACACUAGGGACAAAAGUUACGAAAAUUGAGGCAACAGAAAUCCCAUGCACUCAUCUGUCCAUGUCCCUGUUUGAUCGCUUGUCCGAAGAGAACAUUGUAAAGGAAAGCGGGUACAUCUCAAAAUGCCUCGAUGAAUACGUUGACGAUUUCAUUGUUUCAGACGAACUUCGUAAGGUCCUUCUUCUGGAAGACUCGGAAAAAUAUGAGAUUUUUAGCCCAUCUGAUAGACAGGAGUUUAUUUUCCUACUUUUCAAGCAUCUCUGUCUUGGUGGAGCCGUCUGUCAGUUUGAAGAUACAGUUGAUCCAUAUCUAGAAAUGACAAAAUCCAUGUACAAAGAGCUGCUGAGCGUUCAAAAGGAUCCCGAAACAAAGCAGAUAAAGAUCAUAUCUUCUGUCUUCAAAGUAAAUGCCUCUGAUGAGAAUGGAUUAUGCUAUCCAUCACCCAGGCCUCAUGAGCAGACAUUCGCCUAUCUGAUCGUGGACCCACUGAAGCGUCAUGUGGUUGUGCUCUAUCAUUGUUUUGGUGGUGGAAUCUUUUAAAGGAGCAGCAAUAUGAGACACAAAGAAGAGUGACUGCAAUGAUGUAUUUUGUUAAAGGGGUAUUCUUCUGGACAUAAGACAUGCCAUUAGUUGCUGAUCACUUGGGGUCGGAGUGUGGGUUUCUCCAGCGAUCAUGACAACAUAGGGUCUGCAGUACUCCCCUUUAAUUGUCAAAUCUUACAUUUCAGUUUAUUUAUUUCUGGGACUUUCUAUGCAUUGCCCAAGCUUUGUUAUACUUUUCAAGUUAUAUACAGUGAUCCCUCAACUUACAAUGGCCUCAACAUACAAUAGUUUCAACAUACAAUGGUCUUUUUUGGACCAUUGUAACUUGAAACCAGACUCAACAUACAAUACUACAGACAGUCCAGAUCUGCGAAACGUGUCACAACUGGAGGAACUGACCAAUCAGAAUGGGCUUUUUACUGGUAAAUCACCUGUAUUACUGAAGUGCAUGCAAUGAGUGGUGUCUGGUAGCGCCCCCUACAGUACAGGGAGGAACUACAAGUUCUGUACUACACCUUACGUGUGCCAGGGUUAGCUGCUCCUUUGGACACCAGGUAAGGGUGGCUCCAUUUGGGACUCUGUGUGUACUGUAUAGGACCCUGAAGAAGCUCCCGUCCUCUAUAUAUACCAUUGUUUCCCAACAAGUGUGCCUCCAGCUGUUGCAAAACGACAACUCCCAGCAUGUCCGGACAGCCAACGGCUGACAUAGACAAUGAUUACAGCUCCCAGCAGAUCUUUCUUACUUUUAUAUGUAAGGAUUUGCUUUAUAUAUAUUAGUUAUCUACUUAUUUUUCUUUAAUCCUCAAUUUUUCCUUUUUUUCUGAUGACAUUUUGGGGCUUCAGAACCAAUUACCAGGUUUCCAUAGAGUUAUGGUCUCAACAUACAAUGGUUUCAACAUACAAUGGUCGUCCUGGAACCAAUUAGUAUUGUAACUUAAGGGACCACUGUAAUAUAAACAGAGAUUAGUGUUAUGGUACAUUAUUCACGUUCUUUUAUAUAUAUAUAUAUAUAUAUAUAUAUAUAUAUAUAUAUAAAAAAAAAAGUUAGUAAUACUGUUGUGGUAUAUACAUUGCCUUCAAAAAGCAUCAAUGCUAAAAUGUUAUGUUCAAUGCCAGAAUUUAGUAUAUUGCAGCAGUGUACUUUCCCUCCACUACCUCCACUUGCCAAGUUGUGUUGUACAUCUUUUUUAUAGUCCCUAUUCCUAUGCCUCUUUAUCCCAGGGCAAUCUGUAAUAUUGGUUUUGUUAGACCAUUAUUUGAAUAACAAUCGCAUUACUUUAUGUUAUUAGCCGUAUUGCUCCUUUUAGCACCAGUAAUGACCACAGGUGACUGCUGACUGAUGUAGAUCAGCCUCGGUGAAAGGAAAACCAAAAGGAAUUGUAUAUGCACCCCAUCAUUUUAGUUAGUAUCCAUAUCUAAGAAUUGUUAUUUCGAUGGAACCAACUGGGACCCCCAAAGAUUCCAAAAACAUAAUUGUCCCCGGAAUGAACAGAGGGGAGCGCACCUUCACAGCCACCACUACAUUCAUCCACUAUGGAGCCACUAAACAUUCCUGUUUGCUGAACUUGGAAACGUUCUGCAGUCGUAUAGAGGUUAAAUGGAAAGGUAGCUGCAUGGACAGAGUGUUCUUCAUUCACUCCGUCCCAUUCUAGUGAUCUGACCCCAUUGAUCUGCUUUUUAUAGCAAGCUGAAAUGGGAAUACCCUUUUUUAAUCUGCUUAUUUUGGGCUUGCUUAGAAGUCCAGUGGGCGGUCCAUAAAGAGAAGGCUGCCAUUUACUGAGUAGCAUCACCCAAUGGACUCCUAAGCAUAGCAAGAGUAGAAAUUUCAGUAAAUUAUUAGUUAUACUAAAUCUUUUCCUAUAAGUUCAUACAUUCUCAAUCGGCUCAGCUCCUCAUACUCUACACAUGCUGCCUGCUGACUGGAUUCCAUUUUCACACUGAAUGGUUCCCUUUAAAGCGCAGCUGUCAUGAGGUUUGGGGCAUAUAA